UCAAUUUCCCGCCCUACAUUUAAGCUGCCGCGGACUACCAAGGGCGUGACAAAAAUUUGAAUCUAUCGAAAUUCCAAUGACACCAGAAAAUCUCUUAACCCGUCCUCCCAUCGCCGAUAAAUUAACGCUGGGCUGCCCAGUCCUCGACCGCUGCCUCGGUGGUGGCGUCCCCUGCUGUUCAAUAACGGAGCUCGUAGCUGAAAGCAGUUGCGGCAAGACUCAAUUUUGCCUCCAACUCGCCCUCUCCGCUCAGCUCCCGCCCUCCCACGGCGGCCUCUCCGCCUCCUCCCUUUACCUCCACACCGAGUUCCCCUUCCCCUUUCGCCGCCUCCACCAACUCUCCCAAGCAUUUCGCUCCUCACGCCCACACCUCGUAGCCAUUAACCCCUGUGAAGAUGUGUAUGUUGAUAGUGUGCACGACGCAUACCAGAUGCUUGAUAUAAUGCCAAAGAUAGAGUCUUUUAUUGAAAGCGCGAAAACCCGGUUGCCUGUCAGGCUAAUUGUGAUUGAUUCCAUCGCGGCGCUGUUCCGGACUGAAUUUAACAACACCCCCUUGGAUCUUAAGCGGAGGUCGUCGCUGUUUUUCAAGAUUUCCGGGAAGUUGAAGUCAUUAGCGAAUAGGUUCCGGGUGGCGGUGGUGGUGACGAACCAGGUGGUUGAUUUUAUGGGGGGAAGUGAUGGGGUAAAUGGAGUCAAAGUGGGCAACUUUGGGUCAUUGCACUCCUCUGGAAGACGGGUUUGCCCUGCUUUGGGACUUGCUUGGGCAAAUUGCGUGAAUUCGAGGGUCUUCUUGUCGAGAAAUGAGGUGGUUGUUGCCGAAGGGAAUAGUAAUGAGCUGGAGGAUGGUCUUUGUAGGCAAACAAAGAGGCGACUUGAUAUUCUUUUUGCACCUCAUUUGCCCCAAGCAUCGUGUGAAUUUGUCAUCACACAGCAAGGAGUGUUUGGAGUUGUCUCAGCUAACAGAUAAAUCUGAUGGUGAUGGACGUGGUCCAGUACUUACCUAAAUUUUGAGUGUAGGCUUCUGCUAGCAAAAGUGAAGACUGGGUUACUAGACCAAUGGUAAUUCACUUGUCAUGGGUUCUGAGGCCAAGUUUUUGCGAAGGGCAGAUUUCUGAAACAUGAUAUUUGGGUUACACCAUACGCACGUGAUAAGAUGUUUCCUGGAGGAGAGUUUUCAAAUCAGAAUUUACGUGUUGGUGAAGGGUUGGCAGUGGAAUUUUUGUAUUGGAUUCACUCUUAGGGAGGGAUUGAAUAUAUAUAUUAUGUACCAGAUGCUGAUGGCAGUAGAGGCAAAGGCGUAUUACCCACACAUAGAGUUUCAUGGAAAUGGUGGGAUAUGGAGAUCCAAAUGAUCAACAUUACAGAAAUGUUGAUGUUGGGGAUGGGGAUGAUGGCCUUGGCUGGCAAAAUUACAGUUGAAGUUAAACUACCAGAAAUACUCACCUUGGGAGAACUGCAACCUGGAGAAAUUAGAUGUACGGUACUGUAAUUUCAUCUGGGCUAUGUGUACCAGUUCAUUAACUUUUCUUUGUUGCUCA